AUGAGUGAAAUAAAACGAGGCAUGCUCAAGUAUUAUCAUCGAGGUCUGUUGAGUAAAAAAUGGAAGGAAUACAAAUUUGUACUUUAUGAUUCAAGUUUACUUACAUGGUUUUCGGAUGUUAAACAUAAAAAACCGGAUGGAAUGGUUUUACUCAAAGAUGUUGAACGACAUAUUUGUGUUGGGCCCUAUACCAGAUUUUUACCUGAUUAUCCUCAUCUUGAUAAUAUUUAUGAUGAAGUAGCACUUAUUGCUUUUCCAAUGUCUAUAAAAGAUCGUGAUCGGGAUAUUGUAUGGCUUUUAUGCGAUGACCUAGACGAUUUAAAUUCAUGGAUGAAAGCGAUUGUUGAAACUUUACCAUCACGUUCAUUACAUACUGAAAAAAUAAGCAAUCAUUCUGCGCCAUACAUUGAUGAAGAUGUUCAAACAACAUCAGAAGAAAAUUCAUCUGAAAAUGAUAAUACAGAAGCAAUAAUAAUUAAAACAGAAGCAAUAGCACUGCCACUAUCAGCAGGUCUCGUUGCAACUCAUCUACAAGGCCAUGCGAUGAGUUCAAAAAAGAAUCCAUUAGAAAAAGCUGGUUAUGAUUAUGGCAGUAAUGAAUGGGGUACAGGCGAUGGUUGGGGCUAUUCUUCAUCGGCUGCUGUUCCUGGAUUUGCUGGCAUUGGAGGCAGUGGUGCUUAUGCAAAUCAUAUUGACUUAAUUCGUGAUGAAGAAGAUGAAAAGCCACUUGAAAAUGUCUGUAGUGAUGAAGCUGUUGAAACAGUUACUUACGAAUUAUCAAAGAAUGAAAUACAAGAUGAAGAAGAAAUACCACACUAUUGCAUAAAUACUCUAGAUGCCCAUGGCGACUAA